AUGACAGUAAAGGCAUUGCGCACCGUUGCGAGCGGCAAGAAUGGCGUUGGGUCAUUCAUCCUCCAAUGCAAGAAGAUGGAUUUGCAUUAUUGCGAUUGGGCCGGCAGCUCAAAGGGUAUGAACGGCUUCAUCAAAUCGCUUCUUCCCAAAUUCGCAGCAGCAAACCCCCAAGUCGAGUUCGCCGUCUCCCCCCGACCUGGCAAACACCCCGUCAUCAUCGGACACUACAUCAAUGGACGCACAAAGCCCAUAUGCGUACGAAAUCUAUCACCGUAUGAGAUUUUGCAAAAAAUCGAGUUGCUACGAGACGCGAGUGGCGAGAAGUUGAGGCGGACGAAUAAGGCGGUCACCAGUACCAACCCCAGUGUCAGAGGCAUUUGGUCACCGUACCACGGGAAGGGCAUGGUUGUGUAA